CAGGACACUGAAAUUGAAUCAGAUAUCACUGAAAAUUAGCGAACAUAAACUGUAAUCAUUAUUUAAUUUUAAUUAAGUUCCUUGCGUGUUUUAGUGCCUAGUUAUUUAUCUUAUGAUAGAAGUGUUCUGUGUUUCAAGAUAAGGUUUGAAAUACGAUAAGACUCAAGAAAGACGCCAUAAUCCAUUUGAAUUCAGAAAAUUACUUACAUCGUAUCUAAUAAAAAUGGAUAAAAAGUUUACCCUACCUGAAUUGUACUCCCUCUAUAGGCGAUGGGUUAUUAGUAAUCCAGGAGUGGUGACUGAUGUUGAAACAGUUGCGACUUGGUCCUCGUAUUUUGUCGCUGGCAAGAUUAAUAAGUCACCAAUAAUUUCAGAAUUAGUGUAUUCACUAUCGAAGCUGUUAUCCUUAUUUAAUGAUCGAAUUAUUAAUGAGGCCUACGGUAAUGACAUACAGCGUUAUGGUCUUCAACAACAAAUUAAAUUGUUGUUGACAGUCAUCCAUUAUUGUGAAGUUUUUGUUGAACUUGUUGUGAAGAAUCGAUGGGGUAACAAAGGUAAAUGGACUGCAGCUACAUUGCUACAAAUCUUUAAAUGCUCCUCUUCUAUGGUUUUGCUGUAUCGGUUUAAGGAAGUGCCUAUACAACAUCCGCCAAUACCUGCAUUGCAAAGAAAAAAGAUAAUAGAUGGCAUAGAAAAAGAUGGUAGCUCUAAUGCAUUUUUUACCUUAAAAAGGUCUGGAAGAAUUGUGCGCUGUGUUGAUGGUGCACCUCCCGUUGCAUUACGUGACUGGCAACCCAUAAAUGUCAAAGAUGAUAGCCCAAUAAACAUUGGGAUGAAAGAUUUAAUGCAAGCAGAGUUAUUGCAUAUUUCUAAACCAUUAAUCCAUUUAGCAGCAAUGAGACUAUUUGGAACAAAGUCUUGGAAGCAAUGGUUUGUUGCCCUGGGUAUUGACUUGGCCAGUUUCAGACUUUACAACCAACAAUUUAAGCACUUGUCUCAUGAACAAAGAUUGGAAAUAAGUAGGAGGAAACUUUGCCUUGUCUUGUAUUUGUUACGAAGCCCAAUGUAUAAUGGGUACUCACAGCGUGUGAUUGAGGAAACAUUGAAAUCAGCUUCUAACAAAAUACCAAUGAUGUCAUUUAUUAGUGGUCCCAUUAUACAAUAUUUAAGCCAUUGGCAGGACAUUUAUUUCUACAUGUGGGCAUCAUAAGUAUUGAUUGAUCUACUUAAUUUUAAUUACAUUGAUUAGUUUAAGUUGACAAAAUAUAUGUUUUUUUGUUACA